GCAGCAGAUGAACCUGCCUACCUGACAGUGGGGACUGAUGUCAGUGCCAAGUACCGUGGUGCCUUCUGCGAGGCAAAGAUUAAGACAGUGAAAAGGCUUGUGAAAGUCAAGGUGGUCUUGAAGGGGGAUAACUCAACUCAAUUAGUGCAAGAUGACCAAGUGAAAGGACCUCUAAGAGUUGGUGCAAUGGUUGAAACCAAAAUGCCUGAUGGCUCCUUUCAGGAGGCUGUGAUCAGCAAGCUGACAGAUGCCAGUUGGUACACUGUAGUUUUUGAUGAUGGUGAUGAAAGGACCUUGAGACGAACUUCAUUAUGCUUGAAGGGAGAAAGGCACUUUGCAGAAAGCGAGACACUUGAUCAACUGCCACUAACCAAUCCAGAGCACUUUGGAACUCCAGUAAUUGGGAAGAAGUCUAAUAGAGGGAGAAGGUCUUCUCUUCCUGUGACUGAAGAUGAAAAGGAAGAGGAGAGUAGUGAAGAGGAGGAUGAAGAUAAAAAACGCCUCAACGACGAAUUGCUUGGCAAGGUCGUGACUGUGACUUGUAAUACAGAGAAGGCAGAGGGGUGGUACCCAGCUUUGGUGGUGUCUCCCAGCUGCAACGAUGAUGUCACGGUGAAAAAGGAUCAGUGCUUAGUUCGGUCCUUUGCAGACUCCAAAUUUUAUUCAGUAGCAAGAAAAGACAUUAAAGAACUAGAUCUUCAGAACUUACCAAAAUCUGAGUCCUCUCCUAAGAAAGGGCUGCAGGAGGCAAGCACAUUCCUCAGCACCAGGGGUGUUCCUCGGAACUGGAAAAUGGACAUCAGUGAAAUUCUGGAGUCUUCCAGCAGUGAUGAGGAAGAUGGAGGUGCAGCAGAGACUGAUGAAGAGGAAGAAAAAAGAGAAGAGAAAACAGAAGAAGUACCG